AUGCACCAGGCGUCCAAGUUCCAGUCGUUUGAUGAUGCGUAUUCUUUUGCCACGAGGACAGCGCAGAUGGACCCCGCAGAAGGUCUGAAGCCUUCUAUCCAAGAACUGGUGCUGCUGUUGCGUAAGGCCUUGCGCACCGUUUGUGAGGAGCUAAGGAGAAUACACAAGGGGAACAAGUCGCUGGAGGAGCAGCACAGGGCCCUUGCAGGGCAGCUGGCAGACCAUGAGCUGAAGCAAUCGCUGCAGGCCAUCUCUGUUCGCUCAGGCUCCCCCAGGCGGCCCCAGUGCAUGCAAGCCAUGCAGGCCAUGCAGGCCACGCAAGCCGAAGCCGUUGAGAAAGCCGCCGAGAAAGCUUCUGUAGAAAUGCAGACGCUGGUGCAGGCCAUGCCUUCCGUACAGGCCAGGUCGUCCGCACAGGCCACCGUGGCCCCAUCCAUGCCUAUGCCAUCCCCGGUGCCAGACGAGUCCAAGGACUCUAAAGACUCACCUGAUCGGAAGUCAAGUGGGCGACAGGACAGACGGCUCACGCUGAGAUUGUCCAAGAGUCUUCUGCGAAAGCUAUCCUCGGGAUGUGAUAUCAAUGAGGAUGACGAAAGCGAAGACGAGAGUGGCUCAGAGAUUUUCGAGGCAAACAACCCUGAAGAAGUCCAGGAAAUGCAGAAGUUGCUUCAGCGCUUGUGCUCCCGGUACGACAUUGCAUCAUACGGUGGAACCAUGAUUGGCGACGGCCGUCACUCCACAGCAUCGUCAAAGCAGAGAUUUGAGGAGGAGCCGGAGACGUCCCCGACCUCCAGAGCUUCCGCUGCCUCGCAGUCGCGUCGGCUGGCCCCGGGGCUGGAGGACUCGGCCGCAGACCUGCCACCGCGGAAGCUCACCAUCUUCCAGAAGCGCUGA